GUUUACUGACCUAACUGUCGUUUUCUCUCUUUCCUUGCCCCUUCCCAAUUCCCAUUCACUUGAUCACUUCCUGUCCUUUCACCUCCGAUUUGUUUCUGUAGCGUUUGCCGUCAUUGGCGCUGUUUCCGUCAUUAUCCUCUCUGGAUUGUUUGCUUGUUGGUGGAGAGGCUUUUUGAGGAUUGUCUCUUGCACGCUCGUGGGUUUUCUACGUGUUCUUCCUUUGGUAGUGAUGGGAGCAAAUUUUCACCUAACAUGCAUCUAGGGCCAGAAUGGGAUCUCGCAGCUUUUUGUGGAGUUUGGCAAAGAAUUACUUCACAGUUGGGCUCAUAGGGCUUACCAUUUCAGAUCGAUAUGCUAGUAUUGUUCCAGUGCGAGGCAACUCUAUGUCUCCCACCUUUAAUCCCCAAACCAGUACCUUUUUGGGAUCAUCCGAUGAUGACUAUGUCCUGUUAGAGAAGUUUUGCCUUCAGAAGUACAAAUUUUCACAUGGUGAUGUGGUAGUAUUCAGCUCCCCAAGUAAUCACAAGGAGAAACUCAUAAAGCGAAUUAUAGGCUUACCAGGUGACUGGAUUGGCACUCAUUCACAUGAUGUGAUCAAGGUUCCAGAAGGACAUUGUUGGGUUGAGGGAGACAACUUACUUUCUAGCAUGGAUUCAAAAUCUUUUGGCCCGAUUCCUUUGGGGUUAAUUAACGGCAGGGUUACCCACAUUGUAUGGCCUCCGCCGAGAAUGGGUGGGGUUGAGACAAGAAUCCCUGUGGGCAGAUUUUCUUCUAAUUAAAUUUCAAUGGUGGAUUAACUUUCCUCUGGCUCAAUGAUUGCAGCAUUUUUUUUUAGUCACAGUAGGUAUUGCUCUUGGCUCAUUCAUGAUGUUGUUUGAAUAGGAACCAAAAUUAAUGGUUAUGUACAUUUUUUAAUAAUAAUUAUCAUUGUUGUACUCGUUAUUGUCAAUUUUUCUGGCCUAAAUGGACCAGAUUGUUUUGUACACUUGGACUAAUAAUAUAUUUCUCGUUGCCUAUAA